AGAGAGGGGUACUGAGGGUUACAGAACCAGUCAUAGUUCCCCAGGAACUGACAUUUGUAUCUAAGGUAAGUCGCAAUAUCAAAGACUUGAAAAUUACUUGGAAUUACUCAUAAAGCUUUGGGUACAAUGUCAUCUAGAGGAUUGAAAUAUUUUUUAUGGUUUGGAAUUACCAGUGUGUAUGGAAUUCAAGACACGCAAAUAUGCCAUACUGUAUACCAACAAUAUUAUGUGUGUUUUGAAAUAGAUCAUUUGAGAAUCAGUGAAAGUAAAUAAGAUUGUUAUUCUCAAUCUAGAGUGCAAUGUUUUUAGAGUCAAUGUAUGUUGUCACUCAAGAGUUCUCCCUCCUACUACGCUCAAUCAUCAUGUUUGCUCCUAUUCGUACCAGGUACCACAAACAGUACAGUUUCUCAUCUGUGAAAAAGCCUAAUGCAAACCAGAUGAAGAAUGUGAUGAGACACAUACCUUUUAGAAUAGUCAUUAUACAUCUAAUGGAAACAAAUCUCACUCUCGUUGUUUCACGCAGGGGAAAAUUGAGUUGUGUGUUUGAAUUUAGACAGCAGAAGAACAGUGCACAGUCUGCCCUAUUCUGGAACGGAAUAUGAUAUAAUAAUAAAUGCCAUUUAGCAGAUGCUUUUAUCCAAAGUGACUUACAGUCAUGUGUGCAAACAUUUCACAAGUGGGUGGCCCCAGCGGAAAUCAAACCCACCAUUUUAUUUUAUUUUAUUUAACUAGGCAAGUCAGUUAAGAACAAAUUCUUAUUUACAAUGUUGGCCUACACCUUCCAAACCCGGACGACGCUGGGCCAAUUGUGCGCCGCCCUAUGGGACUCCCAAUCAUGGCCGGUUGUGAUACAGCCUGGAAUUGAACCAGGGGGUCUGUAGUGACGCCUCAAGCACUGAGAUGCAGUGCCUUAGACCACUGCGCCACUCGGGAGCCCAAUAACAGCAUGAAUAGGCAAACUAGAGGAGUCUGGAAAAUGUAUUGAAUCCAUUCAUAACUCUAAAGAAAUCCUCUUAUUCCAGCCAUUUGUUGUUGAAAAGAAAUGCAUAUGAUAUGAUUUAAAACAAAAUGUUAAACCUCAUUCAGUACGAGGAUAGGAUAUAAUCUUGUCCUGCAUUGCUUCUAAACUUCUGUAUACAUGUGCAAAGACUCACAGGAAAGAAACACAUGUCUACAUACAUGUUUCUAGCCUGAUUGAAAUGAUAACAGUUAUGAUAAUAGUAGCAGCAGACAGGGGUUUCAGACAAGAGACAGGAGCUCUGCUAUGUUCUUCAGAGGCAAUCCUGGCUGUGUAGAUAGAGUGAAAUUCCCCUGGCAGAGAUGCCUGUUGUGGGUUGAUAGAUGGGCAGAGAGAGAUAGUCACUGCAGACAGAUGUUGAAGAGCAUGAUGAAAGUGUACAUGUUGUCCCCUGAGAGAGAGAGAGAGAGAGAGAGAGAGAGAGAGAGAGAGUAAGAGAAGAGGAUAGAGAGAGAAGAGCUUAGAGAGACUCGAUAUCGAGAGCGCGACUGCAUACUAUCUCUCUAUCUGAUCUAGAUCUCUCUCGAUGAUCUCUAGCAUGCUCUCUCUCUCUCUCUCCUCUCUCUCUCUCUCUCCUAUCUCGCUUCUCUCUCCACUUAUCGAGAGAGAGAGAGAGAGAGCAGUGUUUCAGGCCACUUUCUCAAGACUCUGUCUGUGUCCAGGAUCUCUGGAUGUGGCCUCAGUGGAAGCUCCCAGCCAUCAUGGUUCUUCUGCUCAUGUCUGUGACUGUGCUUCAUCUGUUCACUCUGGCCAUGCUGUUCAUCGCCACCAUGGAGAAGGUGAGACACUUUCCACUGUUAGCCAAUCAGAAUCCGACUCUGCGGCACUCCGUUUCCUGGCUUAUGUAGUUAAUAUCAAAGUCUGAGAAGAGAAACCACAACCAUGUUGAAUAUCAACAUACUGAUAGCAUUAUGGUGCUUAAGAAAACCCCAGCGUGACCUUAUAGAAUAUGCAGUAAUUAGAUUUAUGGAUAUUUUAUCACUUCGAAAGCUCUGAUGGAAUCCCAAAGUGGAUACCCAGGUUAUGGUUUCGUCAGACUGCCAUGCACACAGAACCUGCCUACUGAACUAAACCUGUCUCUCUCUAGUCCUGGUGGGUCUGGGCCGAUGCUGAGAUCACAGACCUCUGGUCUAACUGCAUUCAUGACAACAUAACGGGAAACUGGCUGUGUGCUGCCUCUAAUGGAAAUGGUAAAUCAAAUGGAAAAUUAUGUUCUGUUAUUUUUAUGAUAUCUAGUCUACUUGGAUUGAGGAUGUCUCUUUUUAUAACCUUGGAUUAUUAUGUCUGUUUAUGCCUAUAUAUGGUCAUGUGCAUGUUUUUGUAUUUUCAAUAUAGUCCUAUUCAAUGUGUAUGUGUGUUGGUCCCAAUGACAUGGAGUCUCAUUGUUCCUCUCUUGUUCCCCCAGACUGGCUGCAGGCAGUCCAGUCCCUGAUGGUCCUCUCAGUAGUCUUUUCCUCUAUCUCCUUCCUGGUCUUCCUGGGUCAGCUCUUCACCAUGUCUAAAGGAGGGCUCUUCUAUUUCACAGGCCUCUGUCAGGUCUUUGCAGGUACUGUACUGGACAAGAAUUUACCAGUUUAUGACACCCUGUUCUUUCAUGUGUGUAUUUACUGUAUACUAUUUGUGAGGUUUUAUCUUUAUUUAUGAGUAUUUUUUAUUGUAGUAUUUUACCCCCAUUUUCUCCCCAAUUUCGUGAUAUCCAAUUGCGAUCUUGUCUCAUCGCUGCAACUCCCCCAACAGGAUCGGGAGAGGCGAAGGUAUAGUCAUGCGUCCUCCGAAACAUGACCCUCCAAACCGCGCUUCUUAACCCAGCCGCACUAAUGUGUUGGAGGAAACACUGUUAAACUGACGACCGAAGUCAGCCUGCAGGCAUCCGGACCGCCACAAGGAGUCGCAAGAGCACAAUGAGCCAAACCCUUCCCUAACCCGGACAACGCUGGGCCAUUUGUGCGCUGCCCUAUGGGUCUCCCGGUCACAGCCGGUUGUGACACAGCCUGGGAUCUAACCCGGGUCUGUAGUGACGCCUCAAGCACUGUGAUGCAGUGCCUUAGACUGCUGUGCCACUCGGGAGGCCGCAAGGUUUUAUCUUUAACAUAGAGAAGUUCUCUGUUCAUUUUGGUUAUUGAUUCACACACAUUUAUUCUCUAAAGAUAAUUUACCCUCCCUGUCCCCUCUCUGCUCUGCUCUACCAGGUUUCACAUCAUUUGCCACCUGUCUCAUCUACACAUUCCACCGUAAGAAGAUCCUGGAGGACUCCAGAGACCUGAGCAUUGGCCACUUUGGCUUCUGCUUCAUCCUGGCCUGGUCCUGUGUACCGCUCCUUCUCUUCAGUGGAGUCCUGUAUGUGCACCUGCGCAAGAGGCAGUGAACCAAGACAGACAUGAGUGCAAUAAGCAGCAUUAUUCAGUAUUACUUGGUAUUGUUAGUCUAUUAUCACUUGACUGUACACUCUUAGAAACAGGGUUCCAAAAGGGUCUUCAGCUGUCUUCAGCUGUCCCCAUAGGAAAACACUUUUUGGUUCCAUGUAGAACCCUUUUUGGUUCCAGGUAGAACCCUUUGUGG